AUGAAUCCAGAAAUAUGGUCUGUAAAGGAGGUUUGCGAUUGGCUUCGAAAAGAAAACUUUGAAAGACUAAUAGAGUUAUUUGAAGAAAAUAAUGUAGACGGCAAAGCUUUAAUUAAGAUCGAUAUAGAAAAGUUACGCCGAUUUAAAGUGCCUUCUAAAGAUCAUUAUGUUUUCCUGAACACAGUAGAAUUGCUUAAAUCUAAAUCUAUUCAAGGGG